AUGUUAUAUAAAAAAUUGAAUGAAUAUGGAGAGAAAUUUGAUCCAAACUUAUCAGUGGAAAUUAUUCAUAAAUAUAACCAAACUGAUAAUCCAACAACCUCGGUUCAAACUGUUUAUCUAGGUCCUAAAAAUGAAGCACAGAAGUGUUUAAAAAAUUUUAUUGAUGAAUCUAGACCUAAUCCAAUAAAUGAUUCUAGUUAUAGAAUAGUAGACUGGUUCGUCUCGAUCACUAACAAUAAAACCAUUACCGAUGAAUCCAAACUUUAUGAAUACAUUGAAGAUGAGGAUAAAGAUGAACGAAAACCUGUUAAGAUGAAAUCUUUUUUGUUAACACUCCAGGGCUACCUGAUAAAGGGGUUGAGAGCUUAUUCAAAUUUAUGA